AUGUCCCAGCAACAUACUCUGCCAGUGACCCUGCCCCCUGCCCUCAGUCAAGAGCCCCUCAAGCCUGUUUCUCCUCCCAUAAAUACCCAGCAGGAGCAAGUGAAACAACCAACUUCACUACCUGCCUUGUGCCAGAAUAUGCCCUCCAAGCUCCCAGGGGAGGUCCUCUUGGAGCAUGGGGAGAAACACACCAGUCUUGUGAAGGGGGUAUCUGAGCAACAAUGUGAGCCACAGCAGCAGGAACAGCAUCUGGAACAGCAGCAGCACCAGCAGCAACAAGAAUCACAGCAGCAGGAACAGCAUCUGGAAGAUCAGCAACAGCAGCAGCAAGAAUCACAGCAGCAGGAACUGUGCCUGGAACAGCAGCAGCAACAACAAGAAACACAGGGACAGAAGCUGUGCCUGGAACAGCAUCUGGAGCAGCAGCAGCAGCAGCACCAGAAGUCACAGAAGCAAGAACUGUGCCUGGAUCAGCAGCAAGAAUCACAGGAACAGGAACUUCACCUGGAAGAGCAUCUGGAACAGCAGCAGCUGCAAGAGUUACAGGAGCAGGAAUUACACUUGGGACAGCAUCUGGAACAGUGGAAGGAGGAGCUACAGGAACAGAAAAUACAACAGCAGCAGCAAAAGGAACAGUGUGAGGAACAUCAGGAAGCAAAAAAUCUGGAGCAGCAGCUGGAGCAGGUGAAAGCACAAAGGAAGCAGCAGCAAAAGGAAGAGCUAAAACAGGAAAAAAAGUUCUUGGACCAGCAACUGGAUCAAGAGCUAGCAAAGAGAAAUGAGCCACUGGAAAAGAAAGAAGACCAGCUCCUAGAACAACAGGAGCAGCAGCCAGAGCCAGCAGAGCAGCAGGAGGGGCAGGUGGAGCAGCCUGCAAUUGUCCCAGCUCCUGGUGAGGUCCAAGAGACCCAGCUGGUUCAGCCACUGAAGGGAGAAGUCUUACCCCUGACGGAGCAGCAACAGCAGAAGCAGAAGGUGUAUGGCCCUCCAAAACAUAAGUAA